AUGACAUUUCCAACCAAAGAAGAAGUUAUCUUUGCUCUGAGGUUUGAAACUUUUGACCUGCCACCCUAUGGAAAAGAGUCAAGCUGUAAUUUUAAAAACAUCCUAGAAGGCUACGCCAUUACAAAGACCGGUUAUCGUUUCCCAAAUGUCCACACCUUACAUAACCAGGUUCACAUAGUCGUGGGUGGAGCCAUGGGGGAUGUACCUUCAGCAUCAAAUGACCCCAUCUUUCCUCUUUACCAUUCCUUUGUAUAUCGUGUUUAUGAGGCAUGACUUCGCAAGUUCAACAAGAACGCUUUGGUUCUUUCAACCUACGAUACACCGAUCAGACACAAUAAAGAUGACGUCAUUGUACCACUUCAUCUUGUGUAUACUCGUCAACAGAUGUUUAA